AUGCCGCCGAAACGCUCUGGCGCGCCACGCAAAGUGGCUGCCAGCAGCUCUCGGGCGCGAAAACGCGCCAAUGAAGACCCUCCUGAAGAAGAAGUAAGUCCUAACCAAGACCAAACUGGCGGUCGAGGUAAGCGACAGAAAGUUACUCCCAAGAAGCAAGCCAAGAAACAAGCUUCAAAAAAGCUUGCUCAUCCCGAGGAUCCUGACGAUUUUGAGGAUUCUGAAAAUGACGAAUAUUAUGACGAUGAGGAUAAUUGUUCCGAUCCCAGUAAUGGGUUGGAUCAAAGCUUACCUCCAGUUUCGAAUGUCUAUGCUGCUUUUCAAGAAAUUGCACGCCGAUCGCAUGAGUUGCUCAAGGAUGAUAGCCAAAUUCACCUUCGGGUCGCAACCAUGUGUUCUGGCACGGAAGCUCCGAUAUUUUCAUUGAAGAUGAUUCAAGAAUCAUUCGAUCGAAUGCAACUCGGAAGACAGUUCUUGAAGUUUUCUCAUAUCUUCAGCGUUGAAAUCGACCCGGUCAAGCAAGCAUAUAUCGCGCGAAACACAGAAGGGGCUAUCAUAUUCAAAGAUGUUCGAGAUUUCAUCGAACCUAAAGACCUCAAAGCGCCUACUGCAAUGGGUGCAAUGGAAAAGAUUCCCGGGGGCAUCGAUCUUCUUGUUGCCGGUUGUUCUUGUUUGGACUUUUCCACGCUUAACUCACAGAAACACAAGGACUACGCAGAGAAUGUCAUUGCGACUGGGAACAAGUUGGGGGACUACUUCAAGCAAAAUUGUCAAGGAAGUGGCUACAACGAAUCGCAUUUUGAAGUUAUCAAUGAUGGAUUCAACAGCCUUCUCAUGAACAUAAAUGACAUGGGUACUUCAGGCCAGACAUUCUUCUCGAUGCUGAAGUACGUCAAGGAUCGACGACCUAAGGUUGUUAUCCUAGAGAAUGUCAUGGGAGCUCCCUGGAAGACCACCGCAGAUAUAUGGUUCCCUUUUGUCGGAUAUAAAGCUGCCUUCGUUAGGGCAGAUACAAAGAAUUUCUACAUCCCUCAAACCCGUAACCGCGGCUAUCUUAUUGCUGUCGAUAAGACCAUUUUUGAGGGCAAAGUUGCAGACAACAUUAUCGACCGAUGGUCUAGUUUGAUGACAAGAGAUCUUGUGAGACGCGCAUCUACCCCUAUAAAUUCGUGGCUACUUCCUUCAGCUCACCACCCAUUGACCGAACGAGCCCGCCAGGAUGAUUCGGAGAAGGCAUUAGCUCCAGUCGCGAAGGCCGCCGACUGGGAACGCAGCAAGGCUCGCCAUCUACUAGUUCGCGAAAAGGAAGAACUAGGCGAAUCUCAUCCACUCACAAAUUGGAGUCUGACUCAACCAGGGCAGCUUUAUGAUCGCAUGGAUCGACUUGUGACUCUCACACAACCGAAGCGUGUCUUAGACUGCAUCGACAUCAAUCACUUGCGAGCGUUGAAAAAAGGUUAUGACUCGAGGUUCAAGAACCGUAUCCAUGAUCUCAGUCAGAACGUAGACCGAACCCAUAUCAACACUCCAUUUGGAAUAACUGGGUGCAUCACUCCUAACGGUAUACAUUGGGUAACAGACCAGUGCAGGAUUCUCUCUGGCUUUGAGAUGCUAGGCUUACAAGGACUACCACUCAACCGACUCGAAUUCGCAACUGAGAGUCAGGAUGAUCUUCGGAAUCUCGCUGGCAAUGCGAUGAGCACGACAGUGGUUGGUGCCGCUAUGGUGGCCGCCUUGAGAGCGAUUCAAGAAAGUUCUCACAGUCUUAAUGACUUUUUCGCGAUGCCAUUGAAGAAGGCCCAGGUGAAAAUUGAUCGGCAGGUCACAGAUUCUAAAUUGGAAGAAUUUCCAAACUUCAGCACAACGACUGUUCAAUCUUUUCAGAUGUCAUCUUUAACAGAACUUUUGAAAAGAUGUCGAAGAUAUUGCUUUUGCAAUGGAUCAGCAAAAUAUAGUACUGAUGAUUUCUUGGAGUGUGUGAUAUGUUCCACCAUUCGCUGCAAGUGGUGCGCUGGAAAUCCACCACACAGAUUCGUCUCAACAAGGCGGCCCUCGAACUUCUUACUCCUAGGAGAAGUAGAGCAAGAGGUCAUGCAAUUCUUACCGAGCGUAAUUACGAAUCUGGUCGCCUUGGAGUACCAGGUACCGACCAAUCUUGCUCCAAGGACAGCUAUCACAGCUUAUCCUUCUAUUAUGAAGCAUCUCGCACAUACAACCUUUUACUACCAAAGCACCCGCGUCACAGAGGUAGUGGUCGUCUGUUACGCCAACCAAAAGGGAUUCGAACUUCGAGCAGUGUUGUCGGAGAAAGGAAUUACUUGGUACUUGUACCUCGAUGCGUAG